AUGGAGGACCAUGUUGAACCAGAGGAUCGGUGGGAAUCAUCUCCUGGAUUUGAUGUUCUUGUAGAUAACAAAUCAGAGGAUUUUGAAGCUCCUGCUGAGUAUGACCCCGUGUACCCUGACGCAGAACUCAUAUAUGAAAGAAAGAUAUACGAUGCCUAUGAUCAAUUAGAUAAUGAGCUUAUUUUUGAUGAUGCUGGGAGAGCUUCGGGCCGCACAAGAGAGAAAAUGUUGGAUUCUAUAGUGUCUCGGAAGAGAAAAAAGUUAUUACCAAUUGAACUGGAAGUUGAUGGUUUGAAUUGUAUGGAUCUUAGGGACCAUCUAAGAAAACGUAGGGAAAUUGACGGUUCUACUGCUCGUUUAUCAAGAAGGGAUGAAUCAGAAUACCUGCUCAGUCGCAGCCGCGAAAGGGAUCAAAGGCAAGGAUUGAGCCAUCGACUUCAUGGAAGAUUGUCAUCUGAUAUGGGGAGAAACUCCAUAGAAUCCUUGGGGGAUAAUGGAAUACUGUCAAAUGAUGGCAGAUUGCAUGGAUGGCAUAACCAUUCACAGUCUAAUCGGUCCAGGCAGCGCCACAGGGAAGAAAGACUUACUAGGCGGCCUUCUUACUCGUCUGAUAUCUCUAGGAAACCAGUUUUGAGGGAAAGGAGAUCUGCUUUCGAGCCUUCUGCAUUUUCAGGACCCAAGUCACUUGCCCAAAUUAAAGAAGAGAAGAAAAGGGCUGAAGACCAUGGGGACUAUGGAACUCUAGGGGGUGGAGCUGCAGCAGACUUCGAGGGUCCAAAGCCUCUGAGUGAAAUCCUCAAGGACAAAAGGAGAUCGAAUAACGUAGCGGACGACAAUACUAAUGGUAGCUGA